ACCACAAAUCCUAUUAACUUAUGUCUCCCUCGAAAAUAAAUAAAUCUAUCAAACCCGUUUUGUUCUAAUCAACGACGACCGCGACGGAGAUGAAUCCUUCACACGGUGGUGACGAGAAGCAACGGCCGGUAAUCGAUCAAUCAAUUCCUGAUAAUCCUUUUGCUCAGACGAAUCCUUACCCUUCUUCCCCUCACCUCUAUCCAUCUCUCUCGUCGCAAAAUCUCGGACCUAAUCUCUUCCCUCACCACGGAGAUGCAUCCGGAAACCAGUCACCGUCUGCUCCGCCUCAGGCGACGGAGGAGGUUCUCAUCCGUGUCCCCGGGGCUAUUCUCAACCUAAUCGACAAAUCCUACAGCGUCGAACUCGCGUGCGGUGAUUUCACCAUCGUUCGAAUCAUCCAGGGGGAUAACAUCGUCGCGGUUCUAGCCAAUGUUGGGGAUGAGAUUCAAUGGCCGUUGACGAAAAACGAGGUUGCGGCUAAGGUCGAUGGAUCGCACUAUUUCUUCUCGAUUCAUCCGCCGAAGGAGGAAGGACAUGGAUCUGGGUCCGAUUCGGAUGAUGAGGAAGGACAUGGAUCUGGGUCCGAUUCGGAUGAUGAUAUUCUCAAUUACGGAUUGACCAUUGCUUCUAAAGGGCAAGAGAAUGUGUUACUUGUGCUUGAUCAGGUUUUGAGAGACUAUAGUUGUUUCACAGAGCAGAGAAUGUCUGAAAAGGCAAAGGAGAAGGGUGAAGAGGUGCUGGGAAGUUCAGUUGUGGCGCAGACUUCGCCGGAGGAGCUUAAGGGUGAGAGGAAAGACGUUGUGGAAGGUCAAUGUGCGGCGUAUUGGACUACGCUUGCGCCUAAUGUUGAGGAUUACAGUCACAAUACUGCUAAAAUGAUAGCUUCCGGGUCUGGUAAGCUGAUCAGAGGGAUACUGUGGUGUGGGGAUGUAACUGUGGAGAGACUCAGGAAAGGAAACGAGGUUAUGAAGAAUAGGCUUAGUCGUGCUGAGAAGGAGAAGGAUGUUAGCCCUGAGACACUGAGGAGAAUCAAGAGGGUUAAGAGAGUGACACAAAUGACAGAGAAAGUUGCGACUGGUGUUCUUUCUGGUGUUGUCAAAGUCUCGGGAUUCAUCACUGGUUCAGUGGCUAACUCAAAAGCUGGAAAGAAGCUUUUUGGGCUUUUGCCUGGAGAGAUUGUUCUCGCAUCCCUCGAUGGAUUUAGCAAGAUCUGUGAUGCUGUUGAAGUGGCUGGGAAAAAUGUAAUGUCAACUUCAUCAACUGUCACAACAGAACUCGUCAAUCACAGGUACGGCACAAAAGCAGCAGAGGCAACCAACGAAGGGUUAGACGCAGCAGGACAUGCUUUUGGAACCGCAUGGGUUGCUUUCAAGAUCCGAAAGGCACUGAACCCCAAAAGUGUCUUAAAGCCUACAACAUUGGCCAAGUCCGCUGUUUCUGAUUUAAAGGCCAAGAAAGGGUAGUAGGGAGCCUCACUUCAACUGCUCAUCCAUACUUUGCAUUUAAUUUUCCUUAUGGAAAAGUAUAUGAAGAUUGACUAAUGUACUCAAUAUUUAGUUUUCAAUGUGUAUAUUGUGAUUCUAUGUAAACUAUAUAAACAGUUUCUUCUAAUCUUCUCACAUAUAUAUACAUCGAGAAGAAAUAUGCUGCUUUAAUAAUAGUUAUUGAAAGCUGUACUAUUUCAUACCUC